AUAUAAAAGGAUGAGUGCCAAUAGUUUUGCUCCAGUUGUUUCAUCCAAAGCUGACUAAGAAUUCAGAUUUACAAUGCAGUUUUACGGAGCUCUGAUCCUGUUGACGACUCUCUCUGCUGCUUGUGGAAUUGAAUGUUACUAUUGCCGGGGUGAUGAAUCAGAGUUAUGCAYAGCUCGAACCCCUUGUCCUCUAGGCUGGGAUCGUUGCAUCACUUUCCAAGAACCUGGUACAAAAUUUGUUGCCAAGGGCUGCUUUCUUAGCGACAUGUGCUUCAACUCAUCUGUUUUUUCUUGCUGUGACACUGACUACUGCAACAAAGGCAGCCUGAAUGCCUGAAUGCAGUCCCUCCUGCUGAACUGCAUCCAGUGUCAUCUUCACUUUCGUGUCUUCAGCCAUGUUCACACUCUUUAUCUGAGGCUUUUAUCAGCAGAAAUAAAAUAUUGUAAAUGCUGUCAAAUAAAAUGGAACAGAUCUGGCAUCUUUUCUAGACAUGCAUUGUUAAAAUAAAAGGAUGUGCUCU